GAUGCUCUCAGCCAGGGCGCCUCCCCACGCAGCAGCCGCGGCAGGAGGAAAGCCGAGGAGAGAGGAGGGAGGGGAAAAAGAAGGAAAACACUUCUGCCUCCAGGCCCGCCUUUGCCCGGGAAACUGAAGCCGGCGCUGCGCCAUCAUCGGCCAACGAGCAAAGCUUCCCCAAGCGAGCGACUCUCCCUUUGCAGCAGCGGGCGCCUGUACGAGCCAGGAUGGCCGUUCCCUUGACCGACUCCGAGAAAAGAAAGCAGAUCAGCGUGCGGGGCAUCGCCGGCCUGGGCGACGUGGCCGAGAUCAGGAAGAGCUUCAACCGGCACCUACAUUUCACCCUGGUCAAGGACAGGAACGUGGCCACCCCGCGGGACUACUACUUCGCCUUGGCGCACACGGUCCGCGAUCACUUGGUGGGGCGCUGGAUCCGGACCCAGCAGUAUUACUACGAGAAGGAUCCCAAGGUAAGGAGCUGCGGGGUUGCCUCCCCUCCGGCGCCGCCGCAGCUUGCACUGCAGGCAGGAAUGCAUUGGAUUCCUCGCCCUCUCCAAAAACCAGGCGCAGCCUCUCUUUCGCUUCCACCCGCGCGCUAACCGCGCAAAUCUUUCCCCGUUUCGCAGAGCCGAAGGCAGGCCUUGCCGGCUCUGGAAAUGCCCCCCUCUGCUGGCCGACGGUUGCCUGCGCGUGUGUUUUGCGUUUUUGCCCGCGCUGCUGCGCUUUCCUUGCAGGGAGAUGGUGCGCCAAGAAGCCGCUGGAGCGUGGCGCGGAGAAGGAAUCCCAUUUCCCAUAGGCAGCAAAGCGGGAGUCUAGCAAAUAAGGGCAGGACCCGUCGCAAAGUCCAGGUCCGCAUUGCAAUCAAUGGGAAAUCUCUCUCUUCCACCCCGUGUGUGUGUGUGUGUGUGUGUGUGUGUGUGUUUAGCAGCCGUGGAUUUGCGGCAGUGGAUCUCCAACCAUAGUGAUGUCGACUUUAGCCAGUGUGAUGGAUGUCUCUUUGGAAAAGGAGGGGUAUUUCUGGACAGCAAAACGCACCGAAAUUAAGGGCGCAGCGAAUGAAGAUGCUGCCUGUUCAUUAAGGGAGGGGCCCUCCGAGAUUCCUUUUGAUUGCUGGCCCCGGAGGCUUCAAAGCUUUCCUUCCAACUGGUCUUCAAUGCUACACUGAGCAGCAUUACAUGGGGAGAUCCCUUCUGCUGAGUCAGACCUUUGGUCCGUCUGGCUCAGCAUCUCCUCUGAGUGGCAGCGGCUUUCCAGGAUUCAGCUAGAUAGAGGCUUUUCCUGCCCUACAUAGAGAUGCUGGGGACUGAGCUGUAGGCAAAGGAGAUGCUCUGUUGCUUGUGUUACCUAGUCUUGCUCAGGAAAUUCAGAUCCCGUUCUGAUAAGAGAUGAUGAGCUCGUUUGGGGGCUGUACUACUUCAUAAUCUAGACAGAUAUUAUUGAAUGCUUUCCCCCCCACCCUGGUGGCGAGGACAACAGCAACACUAUGCAUGGGAAACUAGCGGCUGAACGUGCAGUUUAUACAGGUCUUCUCAGAAGUAAACUCCACUGAGUGCAAUGGGAUUUAUUUCUAGGCAAGUGUGUAUAGGACUGCAGCCUAAGCUCCUUGCUUUGUGCUGCCUUUCUGUGUGGAGGUGGGGACCCUCUUGUUUGGGCAAGUAUUGCAUUCUGGAGUGAUGCCAACCAGACACAGGUUCACCGUGUCCUUGAGAAAUAAGCCUACAUGAUCAAGAGUUAGGAACAUAAGGAGCUGCCUUAUAUCAUGUCAGAACAUUGCUCCAUCUAGCUCAGUAAUAUUGUCAACACGGACUGGAAGAAGCCUCUGGGGUUUCAGCCCUAGCUGGAGAUGGCGGCCAUUGAACCCGGAGUUAAUUGAAUCUGCAUGUAAAGCAGAUUGACUGCCACUGAACUGCAGCCCUUCUCCAGAACACUAUCAUUUUCAUGUGGAAUGCUUGUUGCGGCGACAAUGCCUUCCUUUUUGCAAGUUUUCCUAUGUCCUGGGCAGCAGCCAACAACAAUCUGAAAGCUCUUGGUUGUGUAGGUGAUAUCAACCAGCUCACAAGAGCUGCUAAACUGCCUCUGUCUGGGCUCACAAGUAAUGCUAAACAAUAGUUUAGCUAUCAAACCAUAGCCAGUAACUGAUACUUAAGGCUCUCGGCUCGGUUUGCAUGUCACACGACUACUUAGUUGGCACCCAUCUGUCUUGGGAUAUGCCAGCCCAUGGUUUAUUAACUAUGAUUUAUUUAAGCUAAAGCGGAGCCAUAGUUACCAGUGGGGGGGUGUUCUAGCCAGGGGGUUUUCCCCCGGGUGAAGCCUCCAGAGGGGUGCUAUUGAGGCUCCCAGCCUGUGUGUGCCAAACUGGGUCUUUGACCCAGGUGAAAUAAAGCCUGGUUUCACCCCGGCUAAAGGCUAAACCACAGUUUAGGCUUCUAAGGCUUCAUUCAACCAGGGAUGGGGGAACCUCGCACCUGCAGGCCAUCCAGCAACUGGUAUUCUGUGGAGGCAGAGCAUAGCGUUUUCAGAACUUCUGUGUUUUUUGCUCUACUGUGCCGACAUACGUUUUAUUGUUCCUGGCUUUAUGAAUAUAUGCAUGUGUGUGUUUUUGAGCUGUGAGUGGUUUCAUUCUGCUCAUUUUUAUAGCUCUUGUUGAUUCUUCUCAAAAGGCUUUUGUCUUUUAUUGCUAACCACCCAAAGGACUUUGUUUUAACUGGGUAGCAUCCAAAUGAUGUUAAGAAACAAAGAAGGAGUUCCCUCAUAGUCCAGCAUCUUUGGAUCGUUCAGAAUCAUCAGUGAUCGAGGGAAUUCAUUUGAAGCUGACAAAAGCGAUGAAGGGCAAAGCUGUGGCAGGCAGGAAACAUCCAAGCAGGUUAUAACCAAGGGACCUGUUAUUUUGUGUUGGUCCACAGAGUCUAGAAAUCAAAGGCAUGCCACUUCUAGCAUGAGACAGAACUUCAUUGUCAGCCAUAGGUUGAAUUGUCCUUUGUGAAUUUUGUCACAUCUACAUCGUUCAUUUAAAGCUCUCUUGUGCCACUUUAACAGUCAUGGCUUCCCACAAAUAAACCAAGGAACUUAUUUGUUAAAAGUGCUGGGAAUUGUAGCUCUGGGGAAGAUCUCCUACCAGCUCUCAGCAACCUUAACCAGUGAUUCUUUGGGAGAUGCCAUGGCUCUUGAAAGAGAUAGGAGAUGUAAGGAUAUGACCAGAAUCUCUCUCUUCUUCCCCCCCCUGAAACGAUCUCUGAUGAAAAUGUCUUCAUUGGUCCUGAGCUUACCAGGGCAGCCAUUUUGUUUCUUGAGGUGACCCUGAGUUCCAGUGUUCCGAGAGAGAAUAAUUUUGCUCGUGUCACCCUUUCCACACAGCUAGUUUUUAUUGCCCUUUUCUCUGCCUUCUCCAGCUCUGCAUUAAUGGGAACAUAAUUCGUUGUUUGACAAGCCGCCACCGCGGUCUCUGCCAUCCUUCAGCAACAGGCAAUUCCAGAACGACAGGAAUAAAAUUAGGUUCCAGUCAUGACAUCUCUAGCAAAAUGAGCCUCGUGCAGAUCAGCAAAUGGCACAUAUACCCACCCCAAGUCAAGGUGCAUAACACCCAAAGCCAACCAAAGUUAUUUUGGAACCUGAGGCAGAAAAUCCCACAGAUAUAUGCCUCCUCUGUCACAUGGCAAGAAGUACUUAGCUUUCAGGUUUUGAACCAGAGGGUACUUAUUCCGGAAGCACUACAAGACCACUUUAAACAGACAUGGCUUCUCCACAAAUAAUCCUGGGAACUGUAGUUUGUGAAGGGUGUCUAGAGUUGCUAGGAGACUCCUGUUCCCCUCACAGACCUACAAUUAUCAGAGUGGUUUCUGGCCAAGGAUUUCAGACAGAGGUGUUCCAACAACAAGAGGAUGCCAUUUUGUCUAUGGCUUCAUUCUCCAAAGAUGUCUCUUAAGUGGUUAUUAAAAUAUCACCAAAAAUACCGGGGGGGGGGGGAAUCCACAUUUUUACAGCAGCACAGAAAGAUUAGAUAAGAUCCUCUUAAACAUCAGUGUAAAUCCAAAGUAACUAAUGCAUGAGGACUAUAUUAACUACUGGCAAACUGAAAUACAGCAGAGGCAACCUGCCCUACCUCACAGAUAUCCAAGCAUUUAUUUAUAGGUAGCCUCAGCACUCUCAUCUCUGCUGCUAUCUUGGUGACUUAAGCUCACUAUGUGAUAAAGAGUGAGGCCUCCCAUUGCCCAUCUUUGAUGAAGGCUAACUUGGCAUCUGUGUGGUUUUGUGGCCUCUCACCUUCAUGUCUUCCUGUCGUGUACCUUGCUCAGAGCUCUGAGUUUCGGAGUGGCAUCUGCUGUCCACAGACCGUAGCAGAACAGAGUCCUAAGUAGUCAUGGAAACCGUUGCAGCUUUCCUAGCACGCUUCAUUUAAGCACGGUCCGUGUACAGCCUGAUCCUAGGGAUGUUUGCACAAGAAAAUACCUGGGGUUACCAGCUGAUCAGAAGGAAAAAGACAGAACAGAACAUCCUGGCCUGCAUUUGACCCUUCAAGGGAAGCUUUUUUGAGCUGUACAUCAGGCGUGGGAAACAUCAGACCCAGGGACCCUCCAAGUUUCUCUCUCUGGCCUUUGGGUCUCUGGCCACACCACAAACCCCUCCCCAAAGCUGCAUCCUCUCACCCCAGGCCUCAGUCCAGCCCCCCAUCACACCCUCCUUUUUGCCUGGCUGGGAUUUAUCAUUGAACUCUGAUAAUGCCUCUUGCGUGCCUGGAUAGUGGAUAAUGGAUUGGGUGAGAGAGGGGGGAAUAGAACAGGGGCCACCAACCUGGCACAAGUGAGUCUUUCAUGGGCACCCUCAGCCAGGGUCCCCAAGCUAAAUGCCUCUCUCUCUCUUUUUUUAAACUAAGUCUCUAGUGUUCCUAGAAAAAAAGUUAUGAAGCAAAAGGUGCAGGUACCCUUCUAAGUGAUUUCUAUGAAAUGACCCCAGGAAAGUGGGUAUAGGUUUGCAGCCGCCAGCUAGGCUUUGCUUUAGGGGUAAAACAGAGUUCUUGUGCCUUUAACGGCUGUGUGGCAAGCAGAAAUUCAACAGGCUAGGCCUUCUCUAGUACGGAAAUGCCAUGGCGGAAAAAGCUGCACCUGUUCACAUUCUUUGCAGGCGUUUUACACGCGUGGACACUGAUUUAUUUUUGCACCCUCCACUUGUAAAAGAGGAUACAACUUUGCAUGUCAGGAAGCAUAUGCAGAGUUUGCAAGUGGGGCAGAGAGCUCAGUCCACAUGCAGAAAACCCUGUUGGCAUCCCUGAGUAUGUGUGUGCAUGAGAGAGACAGAGAGAGAUCUGAGGGAGAGGGGUUGGGGUUGGGGUGGGGUGUAUCAUCUUGUAUAUUUUUCCUAGUCCUCAGGAAUGCUCUCUGUUGUUAGAUAGCACCAACAUCUUUGUGUGAAAGAUUGAUUUCCACAAUUGGGACUAGCAGGACAUGGCAGCCAUUUUGCAUUAUGCCAUGCCCCCAUGGCAGCCAUUUUGUAUUAUGUCAUUCCCCCAUGCCAGCCAUUUUGUGGGAGGUACCCACAGCACUCUCUCAAAAUAUACCCGCUGGUCCAAAAAGGUAGGUUGGUAACUCUUUGUGUAGAAAACAACUGGCUGUACAAAGAGGGGGGAAAUAUUUGUUGCCCUGCCCAUUCCCCCCCCCCGGCUCUGCCCACCACUGAAAUGUGGCCCCUGGGAGGUUGCCCAGAAGGGAAUCUGGCCCUCUGGGUGAAAAAAGGUUCCCCAACUGCUGUAUUUGAUCAUCUGCAAAUGGGUGUAGACCGAACUGCUUUCCACAGGCUGGUUCAAAGGUUGACAAAACUCCUGAGUAACAGUGCAGUCCUAGCCAUCUCUCUAGCAGAGAGGAGAAUUCAAAGGGACUUACUCCCAGGUAAGUGGGGCUAGGGUUGCAGCUUUAGAAACAUAAUUUGGUACCAUUAUCGGUCUCCAUGGCUCAGUGGCAGAGCAUCUCUUUGUAUGCAGAAGGUCUCAUUUGCCUCCAUCUCCAGGAAGGGCUGGGAGAGAGUCCCUGCUGCUCAGCAUAGACAAAGCUGAGUUAGAUGGACUCCGUAUAAGGGAGCUUUCUGUGCUGUGCUUGAAAUCUGCCUGACAUAUAUGGAUCACAAAGUCUGCAGUGAAAAAAUUGUCUUAGAUCUUCUACCCUGCAGAGAGUUCUUUUGCAUUGACCUGUCACUAGAGCAAUUCAGGCCAUCGUUGUUGUUUUCACACAACAGAGAAUAAAACAGCAAACGGAUGGAUGAAUCCUUUCCUCUGAGGUAUACAAAGGACCUAUGACAGCCUGGUCCCUGGGCGUCCUGGAUCAAUUUCCUAUUUGUGCCAUUGGAUACCAUCUGGCAGACAUAAACAGCACUGCAAAAACUGAAGUCGUCAUGGUAGCUCUACCCUUGCAGAAAGAAGCCAGAUUUGUCAGUUGAAAUAAUCUGGAAUUCACGGCUGGGAGGUUUUCGAACCACGUUCCAGAAAAACACUGGAUUUCACCAGCAGAGACGAAGCUCUAUGGUACAGCAUCUACAUUUGCAUGCAGAAGUUCCCACAUUCAAUCCCCAAGUAGGGAUUAGGGAUAAAUUCCUGUCUGAAAUCCUGGCAUUGCUGCUGCCAGUCUGUGUAAGCAAUACUGAGCUUGACUGACCCAAGCUUCCUAUGAAAGCUUCCUAUGUUCCUAGAUUUUCAGGGGGUCCUUGUUGAGCUGAUCAGGAAUGGCAAAUGAGUUUCGUACUCGCUGCCUGUUAAUCUUCCUCUAUGAUGCGCACCCUGGAGGGAAUGUCUGGCUGUACUCCAAAGUGCACACUUGGUUCAUACACAAAACGUUUUGCUGCCUGAGGCAAAGGACAAGACGGCGACUCCUCUCCAAUCCACAUACCAAACCUGGACAGGACUGGUAGCUGAAUGACUGGGACCUGGAAGAUCAAGGUUCAAGUCCCCACUCAGUCAUGAAGCUCGCUGAGUGUCCUUGAGUCAGUCACUGUUUCUCAGCCUAGCCCUACCUCCCAGGGUGGUUGUGAGGAGAAAAUGGAGAGCAGUAGAACCAUGCAUGAGCUCCAUAGGGGAAAUGUGGAAUAUAAAUUUAAUAAUAAUAACCUUGGGGGAGGGUAGCUUGCUGCACCUUAUCUGAGGCAGCAGGGCAACUAAGGGCCCCCAUGAGAGGCGAUGCAACACCAGAGCAGAUUGCUUGGGAUGUUCAAGAGAAACAGUUGGAGUCAGCUGCUGCUUGAGGUGGUACCAGGGCCAUCUUAAGCAUUUUCGGCGCCAGGGUGCAAAGGUCUGCCUGGCGCGCCCCCCGGUUGCCCAAAGUUGUUGACGUUUUUUUAAGGAGGGCCGGCAAUGCAUGCAUGGCAGAGCUAGCCUCAGCAGCGACAGAGGAGCCCCAAGGCGCUGGCGGCAGUAGAGCAAGGCUGGGCCAGGCGCCUGGGGAGGGGUGGGCAAGCAGAGCCCAGCGCAACAACAGUUGAGCCCGAGGCGGCUGCUAAGCAAAGCCAGGCGCCUCGUGUGAGCAGCAUGUGGUGGGCGGGCCUCUCGACGGCCCGCCAAUCCCAAGCACGUAGGAGGGCGGAGCCGGCCGGCUGCCUCAGUGCUUCGCUCGCCCGCAGCAGAAGAGCUGCGGCGCUCCAGCAGGCUCUGCUCCGCUCGGCAGCAGCUGUCAGCUCUUCCCAAUCCCCAGACUCCAAAUCUCGGCCCCGGACUCUAGGCCUGGCGCCCCUGAGAGCCCGGCGCCCGGGUGCCCCGCACCCCUAGCGCCUAUGGGUAAGACAGCCCUGGGUGGUACCUUGCCUCCCUAAUGGUAGGGCCAGCCCUGUUUCUAUAUAACGCCGUGGCCAGAGACAAUGUCAGCAGACGGCGUUCUUGGGCAACUCCUGAGGAACCUGCCGCUGCAAUGCAGCCCCUUUUCUGGUGCUCCUCUGAUGUCUGCCUGGCAGCUACCAUUGUAGUUACCCACAAUGCCCUGCUGUAAUACCAUAGUGCCAAACUUUUCCUCAGGUAGGCCCCAACUGUCCCAUGCACCCAGAAAAAUAAAUAGGAGGAGGAGAGGGUUUGCCUGCCCUCAUGAGGGAAUCCCCACUAGCGGGCCUUGUGCUGAGGCGCCCAUUGGAGAAUGUGCACCGGCCCUGGCCGUAUUAGUAGUGCCCAACAGGACAAAUUAGGCCCCAUCUGCAUUAUACAUUUAAAGCAGCAUCAUGCCACUUGAUAGAGUCAUGGCUUCCUCCAAAGAAUCCUGGGAAGGGUGGUUUGUUAAGGGUGCUGAGAGUUGCUAGGAACUACAGUUCCCAGAACUCAUUGGGAAGAGAGAUUGACUGUCAAACUACUUUGGGAAUUGUAGUUCUCUGGGGCCUAGGUUUCCUGUGUUAACUGAGUGUUUACUGUAGAAUGCACCUUCAAAUCCUGUACCAUUGUUCCCUCUUUACUCACACUCCCCCUGCCAAUAAAGAUUUACACCAGUUUAGGUCCCAUUAUGCAGCUGUCUUUUUAUAAAAACAGAAGGCGAGCUCUGCUGGAACAGGUACAAAUUCUGUCUAAUCCUGCAUCCUGCUCCUCACGGUGACCAAACAGAUGCAUUUCCUGUAGCAGGAAACACUUGUUUAAAAAGUUAAAAAUCCUUGUGUUCUGCAGUUGCUUUUAGAUUGCUAAUAUAGAUGGUGUUUACAACUGCCUGGUACUUUUUGAAAGUAUUAUACUGAGGCUUAAUAUCACUUGGUAUCAACGGGCCACUCUCGGGCUAAUUGGCUGUAUAAGGUUGUUUUGAGGCAAAGAGCCACUGCAGUUUUGAGGAAGUUUUUUCCUCUGUGUGGUUGGUUAAAUGUCUCCUUGCUGUGUAUGAGGUCUGAAGAAAGACAAAAACCUCUUUGUUUACUUCUCAAAUUACACGCUGUGUUUGUUCAGUUUUGCUCAGUGAAGUGUUGCCAAGAUCUUUUUGCCUUCUGGACUCCGUCUGUGUCAUGCAAAUGACUUUGCUAAUGCAGAAGAUUGCAAGACUAGCCCAAGGUCACCUAAUGAGCUUCAUGGCUGAGCGGAGAUUUGAACCAAGGUCUCUGUAGCCCUGGUCCGAUACUCACACCACCAUAAGCAAGUCACCUCUUGACAUUAUAAUCAUCUUGGGGAUGAAUAAUUUGAAUUUAUUUAAAUAAUAAAGUGGUGAAACAAGCAUGUGCAAUCUCCCCUUUAGCAAGGAACAGAUAGUUUUUAAAUGUGUAUACUUAUGUGUCAUUGGGAAUCUAUUCUUUGGGGGAAGCUAUCCAUCAUGGAUGCUUUAGUUGAGAUUCCUGCAUUGCAGGGGGUUGGACUAGAUGACCCUCAGGGUCCCUUCCAACUCUCCAAUUCUAUGAUUCUAGAAUCUGUGGCCCUCCAGCUGCUGUUGGACACUAUUCCAUCAGCCAUAGAUAGCAGAAUCAUUGCUUGGGGAUGAUGGGUGUUGUAGUGCAAUAACCUCUGGAGGGCCACAGAUUACUCAUUCCUGACUCAAGUUGUUCAUUUAACUAUCAAAUGGAAAAGAGUUAUGUUGCAGGGUGGGGGGUGGGGUGUCAAGAAAUGUGGAAGGCUGUGGUGCCUAUUUUCAGGAACAAUUCCUCCUGCAAUUUUCCAAGUAGAUGAGAGUCUGCUAAAAGUAAACCCCUUUUUCUCCUUUAUGCAAAUGUUAGAGAGGCACUUAACAUUAUCUACAUGGAUUCAGCAGAACAGUGCUAUUAAUAUUUUUGGAGCUGGCAACUGGUUAUCUCAAGGGAACAAAUAUGCUUCACCAUUCCUCUCACGGGAGUAUUGCCAGGAAAAGAAGUUAAGUAAAGGUGUCCAACUGCAUUCUUUUUCCAAAAAGUUCUGUAGAAGUGUCAGAGUGCAGGGAAACAUACAGCAAAUGUGUGAGGAAGAAGAAAGCCCCAUAGUUUUCAGAAUAAUAAAAACCAAUCCAUUAAAAGAAAAAUGAUCUGGAAAGUUUCCCAGAGAGAUCCUGUCUAGCUCUCUGUGGUAGGGUGAGGGUCUGGACCAUGGAAGGACUACUUAAAAUUAGGGAUGGGCAACCUGUGGCCCGCCAUUUGUUGUUGGACCCCAAUUCCCAUGAGCUCCAGACAGCAUGGCCAGUGGUCAGGGAUCAUGGGAGCUGUAGUCCACCACCAACAAUCUCUGGCAGGACACAGUUUCUCCACCCUUGGCUUAAAGUGGUCUAUCCUGCAACCAAAUAGCAACCAAAUACCCUUCUUUUUGUUAAAUCUCCUGCAGCUAGACUUUUCUGGAAGGAAAGAGCUAUUCGGGAACUUAGCUCUCUUCCUCCCUGUGGGUGAUGAUGCCAUGAGCUUCCUUUUAUGAGGAAGCAAGUUUAGAUUUAGGAGAGAGCCUAAUAGAAGGGUUGAAAGCUGUACGACGCGCUAGGACAGGAGAGGCAACCUAAGGCCCGGGGGCCAGAUGCUGCCCAAUUGCCUUCUCAAUCCUGCCCAUGGACAGUCUGGGAAUCAGCGUGUUCUUACAUGAGUAGAAUGUGUGCUUUUAUUUAAAAUGCAUCUCUGGGUUAUUUGUGGAGCAUAGGAAUUCAUUCAUUCCCCCCCCCCCCAAAAUAUAAUCUGUCCCCCCACAAGGUCUGAGGGAUGGUGGACUGGCCCACGACUGAAAAAGGUUGCUGACCCCUGCGCUAGGACCUCUGAAGGACCUAGGUGCCUCCUCCAACCUAAUGGGGGAGCAGGAUCAAUUGGAGUGUUAAUACUGUGAAGAUUCAAUUAUGCUUAGUCUGUGUCAUGUUUACUGGCCUGAAUCUUCUCCUGGCUCAGAGCUAGCCUCAGAAAGGGAGGAGACAUUGUCUUGGAGAGUGGUUGUCCUAUGCUCCAGGACUGUCAAGGCCAGAGGGUGUGGCUUUGCCCAACUUCUCAGACCCAGAGGGCAUGCCCCAAUGCAGCCCUCACUGCACCCAUGUUAUAGGAACCAGAUGCUGCACACCCAGGCAAGUGUCCCUUUAACAGAGAGCUCCUCAGAGGGAAUGGAAUUAACAGUAGAUCCGGAUCAGCCAACAACCUUCAGAAGCCCUCAACAUGCCGCUAAGACAACAGCUCUCCUUAGGUGAGUUCCAACUGGAACUUGCUACAGAGAGCUGUCCAGGGUCCUGACGGAUUGUGCUCUACCUUGUCUGUUGUGAUCGGGGAGAAUCUCCCUUCACUCUUCUCUAUAGGUCUUGGCUUUGAUCUCUUGGAUGUGACUCUGCUCUUCCAGAUGUUACCCUAUUCUUAGAGUGAUUCACUGCGUCGCCCAGCCUUCCCUGGGACCCUUGAGCCAAACUAGGGCACAACAGCCUGUAUAUAUCAGCAGACGAUUCUUUCCCCACCAUUUUUUGGUCCAGUCACCAACCCACCAACGUUCCUGGUCUGUAUGUUGCAUUUAUGGCAAGAUGGAACAACAGGAAGAAGGCAUGUUGGAAAGAAGGAGACUCAUGGCAACCAGUGCUAGGAAACGGUCGCUAGGAGAGAGGGAAGGUGGUUGGAAAAGGAUGGGAAGGGAGGAGAACUGUCCAAGUCGAUUAUUUUUGGGAGAAAUGAAAGGGCAGGGAGAGCCCUAUCAGCCUUGAGACUGGAUGAGGAACCCGUGGUUUCAUAAGUCACAGAGUCUGCUGGAAAUUCUUGGUUUGCUGCCUAGCAACCGCAGGGCCUAUGUCUUGAUCUCUUAAAAGAGGGCCUUCCUCAGGAUCAGCCAUCUCAGACACUACAGUCAGCAGGAGAGGCCCUCUGAAUACAUGACCCAUGACAGGGCCUUCUUGGUGAUGGUUGCCUAUUUGUGGAAUGCCCUCUUUGGUGAGGUGCACCUGUCUCCCCUGUUACUAACGUCCACGAGGAAUUUAAAAGCAUACCUGUUCACACAGGCAUUUGAUGGCUCAAAGAUACAGGCCCUGUAGCUGAGGAUAAUCACACAGCCUGUGAUAACCUGCUGGUGUUUAGUGGCCUCGAGACGGUUAACAGAAUAAAGUGGGUUAACAAUAUUUUGUUUUGUUUUUAAAUGGAACGGACUGCCACUUAGAUCAACUAUAAAGCCGGAUUCAAGAUCACUGGAGCAAGAACAAGCCUUUUGUUCCUGCUGUUCCCCAAACCUGUCUGUUCAAGUGAAUGAUGACUCAUCUUCACCCUUCUAUUCUUUCACUCAGCUCUUUCACCUUGGACAAUGAGGUUUGCCUCUCUUGGCUUCCAUCAGCUUUGCAAUCAAACACUCUUCCAGCUUCCCGGACCUUUAUUUAAGUACAAGGUGGCGUCAGUAUUGUUGCAAUGCCAGGCCUUUCUCAAAAAUCACAAAAAUGCUUUGGGGAAAAGUAAACGUACACAUUCAGGCACACACUAGUGUGAGCGAAGGCUUGUUCUGUUGCAACAUGCUUGUUGCGUUAGUUCAUAGAAUUGUCAUCUAGUCCAAUCCCUUGGACUGCAACUGACAGCUGCCAGUUUGUGCCAAUCGUGAGGGACAGGACCGUGGCAGGGGGGCAGAAGCAUGAAGUGCAGGCCCCAGUUCAUCUUUAAAAGCCAUGGGAAAACCCACACUACUGUGUUGUGCAUUAGGAAUUCAAGAGGUUGUUGGCCACCCUGCCAGAUCCACAUUCCUCUGUCUAUGCUUCAGCAACGGUGAAGAUUUUGGGGGACAUGGGGCCAAAUUCCAACCUUGGAGCAAGAGGGCGAGUUGCCCCCUUUCAGUGUUGUUUGGAUGUUCUCUCUGGACCCUACGCUCCACUUGGGGGCUUUCUGGAGGCACCUGGUUGUUCUCUGCAUGGGAACAGGACGUUCCUACUAGCUGAUGCUUUGGGCUGAGCUAAAUAGGGCUUCUCUUACGUUCUGAUAGGGCAGAACCCACAAUCCAUUUCCUUCGGAACAGUCCUAUUAAAAUCAUAAGCAUUGCUGCAGAACUAGUGGAGCGUGGGUUCUGUGGUCAUUUAUCUUUUUUAAAGCAACUUACGCUGAAGUUUCUUAAAGAGACCUACAUGGUACAAAACUUUAAUGCAUCCAUUUUGGCGCUGGGCAGUGUACUCAUUUCCUGACCUGAGACAAACCAGACCUCUCGGUAAUAGUCCUAAAUCCUCUUUUGUGUCUGGAGUCUCCCAUUACUUCAGACUUGGUCUGCUGCUGCUCAGUGUACAAAGGGGACAACAAACAUGGUCAUCACAACAGAAUUGCAGAGGAUCAUCUAGUCCAACUCUCCCUGCAAUGCAAGGAAUCUUUUUGCCCAGUGUGGGACUUGAACCCUUAACCCUGAGAUUAAGAGUCUCAGGGCUCUACCAACAUCACAAUUGACUGAUUGAUUUUACAAUGGCAGUGCCUAGGCUACAAGGGAGAAAUGUGCCAUUUGCUACUAUCUCUGCUGCCCAGUAGUUUAUCAGCAACGGUAUCCAAAUAAACCUUACAGUAGGAUUUUCAUCAGAGUAUAUUUGUGUGAUUUGGACUAUCUAGCGUAUGUACUUGGCCACUGUUUCCUCCUUAUACAGAGACAGGCACUGACUGCCAGUGGCACUCCAAGACAGCCUUUCCAAUGUGGUGCCCUCCAGUUGCUUUGAACUACAACUCCCAUCAGCCCCGGCCAGCGCUGCUGGGGCGGUUGUUACUUCGUACGAAUCGCAAGGGUGAUCAGCAUGCCUCACAGCAAAGACGUGUGCAGACAUCAGUCUUGCAAGCUGGGCAUGUAAAAGAAACACUUAAGAACUAAGAAGAGCCCUUCUAGACUAAACAAAGAUUCUGUUCAGCAACUUAUUUCUAGCUAUACUUGAUCCAGUGAUGCCUAUGAGAUGCUCACAAGCAGGGUGUGAUGCUCCCAUUUAGUGGUCAUGACUAAUAGCUGCUGAUAGGCCUUUGUUCUUCAUGGGAUGGUAAAACUAUUGCCUAACAGUAGGGACCCUGAACCGCAAUUCUGUGCAUGUUUACUCAGAGGUCCGGCUGUGUUCGGUGAAUCUUACUUGCGGGGAAGUGUGUGUAUAGGAUUGCAGCCUUCGCUCUUGGAAAUGGGAGCAUUCAUGGAGCAAGAAACCAGACCCAAGUGCAGGCUAAACAAUGUGAGCCAACACUGCCAUUGCUUUUGGUGCGAGGUAAUUGCUAGUGUAACUUGCACCAAACACUGACAUGUCAUAGAAGGUAAUCAAAAAGUGUGACAGUGAGCGAGCAACAGAAAGGGAUUUUCACUCUCAGGCUCCCCCUCCCUCCCCCUUUUGUCUUGGUUGAAAGCAAGACUGAGAGGUAAUAAAUAUUUCAGAAUUGCUUAAGUGUUGUUCUACUUCCAUUGAUUUCCCUCCCCCAAAGAGGGAUUUCUGCUUAGUCACUUAUAUCCUCAUCCUCCAAGGACUCUCCUAAAAUAAGAUCCAUUAAAAUGAGUGGACAAGGCUGUCAGAACUCUUAAGUACCAGAAACACCAAUUAUUGAAGUUUUCCCCCCACAACUGACUAUUCUGAUCCUUAGAGCCAAAUCUCUCUCCCGUGAAACGGUACCUUCUGGUGGUAGCAACAUAAGAAUGGCUGCCUUUUACUGAAUCAGCCCCAUUGGUCCAUCUAGUUCAAUGCUGUCCACACUGACUGGCAGGGUCUAUCCAGGAUUUCAGGCAGGGUUCUCUCCCAGCCAUACCUGGAAGUGCUGGGGGUCAAAGCAGAUGCAUGCAAAGCAGAUGUUCUGCCACUGAGCUGUGGCCCCUUCCCCUUUGUAAAGAGGAGGCUGCCAGAUAUAUUGCCAAGGGAAAGAGAAUUAUCACAGGUUGCAACGUGAUGAGUACUGUUUUCAUGUUUUCCUGCUUUCGUGUCCGUCCAUCCCCCCCGUGAGUCUAUGUGUGUGUGUGUUUUUUAAACUUGUGUACUCAGACUUUGGUUUAAGGUAAGCCUUUAAGGUGAAAACCUGGAGUUCAGGCAACUUCUUUGUCAGUGAUUCCCACCUGGAAAGAUCCAUGUUAGAGCUACCAACUCACCUCCUUUUUCUGACCUCUGGAUUACCCUGUCAGCUAUACUUUGCCAUCUGGGGCACAUUGCCAGUCAGUGUGGAAAACACAACCACCCAACCAACCCUGAUCCAGGGCAGUGUGUUUACAAAAAAAUAAAGUUGUGCAGGUUUUGUUACUACAUUUUUUUACCUGUCUUUUCUCAAAGAAGGUUAGGGCAGUGUGCAUAAUUCACACUAACACCAUUUGAUUUCACACAACAAUUUUAUGAAGUAGAUUGUGCAAAGAGAGUGACGGGCUCAAGGUCACCCACAGGGCCUCAAGGCCAUCAUAUGGAUUACAACUUGUCUCUCGUCAUUCCUAGUCCAACACUCUUCGACUACUAAGCCACCCUGCAGAGUUCGCUUUGUGUUUUGUCAUUUGCUCUGUUCCUUCUAAACACAGGGAGUGCUGGUCAAGGCAGCCGUUCUGGGCAUUCAAAGCUAGGAGGAUAGGAAGAUGUUUAUACCAAGUCACACUCUUGGCCCAUCUAUGGUAGCUGAAGAGUAUUGACAUCCUGAUGACAGGACGUCUCCUAGAUUUCAUGCAGGGGACAUUCCCGGCCCUACCUGGGACCUUCUGCAUGCAAAUCAGGUCUUCUGCAAAUGAGCUCUGGCCUUUGCCCCGGAAAGCUCUUGUCUCCUGACAACUGGAAACGUUAUUUUAUCCUCUCGAAUUUUGCUUUACAUUCUUCCUGUUGUCCAGCCUAACUUUGCCUUUGUAAGGCCUAGAAACUUGCUUUUAAAAAAAGGAAAGAUAAGAUGGUUUUGGUGCUUUUGUGGAAAUGUGCAGACACAGAGGCCUUGCCAUGUCCGCCAGAAUUCAUUAUCACUGUCACCAUUACUCUAGUCUAGAAGCAGGUGAGGUGUGGUUAAAGUGUUGGACUAGGGUUGAGAAGACCCCUGUUAAGAGCGAUGAAGCUCCCUGGGUGACCUUAGGCUGUUCACUCUAAGCUACCUCACCUAACCAACCUCAUAGGGUUGUUGAAAUGGCAAAUCAGCCUAGGACCCUCAUACCUACGGGACCGCCUCUCCCGGUAUGCCCCACGAAAAGCCUCAAGGUCCAUAAAUAGCAACACCCUAGUGGUCCCGGGCCCUAAGGAAGUUAGAUUAGCCUCAACCAGAGCCAGGGCCUUUUGAACACUGGCUCUGGCCUGGUCGCUUUUGGCCUGGAAUUAACUUGAUCCCCUCCCCCUCUCUCUUUCCCCCUUUUUCCUUCUGUGAUGGAUAUAUUGCUUGGGGACUUCCCUGGCUUUUUUCUGGCCCACGUAGGACCAGUUUGGGUAGUUAGCCUUGGUGAAGACGACGUUUUCAUCCCCAAAAAAGUUUUUGAGUUUCUGCUGAAAUGAGGCUGCAUUUUAAUGUUUUAAUGUUGUAUUUUAAUCUUGUUUUUAAGUUGUAUUUCAAUCAAUUUGUUUUAUAUUUGGUGUUAGCCGCCCUGAACCCAGUCUUGGCUGGGGAGGGCGGGUAUUAAAAAUAAAUAAAUUUAUUAUUAUUAUUAUUAUUAUUAUUGAGGAGGAGAACUAUGUUUGCUGGUGUGAGCUUGCCAAAAUAUAAAAUCCAGCUUUUCUUUCUCACUUCUUUCCUAGCGCAUUUACUACCUGUCUUUGGAAUUCUACAUGGGACGGACCCUUCAGAACACAAUGGUGAACUUGGGUCUGCAGAAUGGCUGCGAUGAAGCCAUUUACCAGGUAUGUUCAUUCCUCCUUUGGGGGCUGAUGCUUUUUGUGGGUUCAUCAUCAGUCCUGUCCUUUUUCUGAUGCAAAAAUUGUGGCACUCUGCCUAGGGGAAUCUCACGUUGCAGCAGGGUCAAUUUAGUCUGAAAGCUUUCAGAUUCUGAGAAAAACUAGGCAAUGGAACAAGUUGCUAAUGGGAGCCGUGGAAUCGCCACUGGCAAUCACAUCCGUUAGAUCAGAUCCAUCUUUUUUUUAGGACUACAAUUCCCAUCAUCCUUUACCACUGGUCUUGCUAGCUAGGGAUGAUGAUAGUUGUAGUCCAAAAACAGCUGGCUGGUAAACUAGCCUAAGAUUGUGGUUUCAGAGUCUGUUUUUAUAGUCAUUUGCAAACCAUGGUUUGCCAGAUGGUAUUGGUUCAGACAUCACAAUGAACUGUGGUUCUGCUGUGCAAACCAUGGUUGGCUUUACAUCACUGUGGAGAUGCACCAUUUCUCUCCUCCUGCUCCUCCAAGUUUUUUCUUCCAAAAUAGCUGAAUCUAUUCUUUUUUGGCACCUGGGCCCAAACUACAAUAAUAGAGAGCCCAUUAAUUUUUACGGCCUACUUAAGUUUCGCUCUUAGCCCCAUGGCAUUGCUCUGAAUGUUUAUUGCUAAAAGGAGCAUGACUCAAGAAUUCCAUUCCUUUUGGCAGAGCUAUCAAUGUGUUUUGUCCCCUGGGCAGUUACCUUAUUAUCAGAGUCUGGAAUAUGAUGAAAGCUUUGGAGGGAGUGUGGAGGAGCGGGAGAGAGAAAGAGACUUGCUUUGCUUGGACAACUACCAAGUCAGUUGGCUUUGAAGCUCAGAUUUAUCUCUGAUCGGAACUCCUGACAUUUCUGUUUUCAGUUACAACCAAUGGCAGUGGGUUCCGAUUCUGAUCAGAGAAGCUAUGGGGGCUGGGUUAGCGUGUGCGCGCACACACACACACUUCCCAAAUCAGAAUUGCUCCUGAAGCCACAGUUCUCCUUGUUGGGGAAUAGGGUGGGUGAGAUGCACGUAUAAAAACACGCUUCAAGUCCAGAUGCACAUGUUGGCAAGAGUGAUGGAGAUAAACCAUUGAUUCUCCAGCCAUGGGUGGCUACCACUGACAAAGAUGUAGAGGUAACAACGGAACUGAAUGGAGGCCCCAUUCCCCCCCCCCAAUCCAUUGAGCUGGAUACUUUCUUCCCACCAACCUUACUCAGAAGUAAGUCCUAUUGAAUUCAAUGGAGUGUUUUCAUUGCUGUUUCUGCUUUUCACAAUAGCUUGGGUUGGACUUGGAAGAACUGGAGGAGAUUGAGGAAGACGCUGGCCUGGGCAAUGGAGGACUGGGGCGUCUGGCAGGUGAGCCCUUUCUGGGUGGGCCUGGGAACGCCUCGCUGUCCUACAGUGUGGUGUAGUGGUUAGAGUGUUGGACUGAGUUCAAAUCCCCGCUUAGCCAAGAAUGCUCACUGGAUGGCCUUAGGCCAGUCGCAGUCUCUCAGCCUAACCUACCUCACAGGGUUGUUGUGGCGAUAAAAUGGGGUGGAAGGGGACCCAGCACGCCGCCUUGAACUAACUGGAAGAAAGAUGGGAUAUAAAUGUGUUUAAAUAAAGGAAAAGUAUACCUGCACCAACCGCCGCCUGCUUUGGCUUUGUACUGUGCUAGGUCUUGAUUUGUUUCUGUUUUUAUUUUUAUUAGGCAUUCUGUGUUUUUUAUGUUGGAUUUUUAUGUUGCGAACCACCCACAGAUCUACGGGUAGAGGGUAGUGUACAAAUUUUAAAAAUAAUAAUAAUAAUUAAUAAUAAUGUCUUAAACAUGAGUCCCAGUGAGUGGCAUUGGUAGAUUGGCUUUCCUGGACAUUUCCUUCUGUCUACUAAUGAAAUAGUUUGGGCCCUUCCUCUUUUAGCUUGCUUUCUGGACUCUAUGGCGACGCUGGGGCUCGCAGCCUACGGUUACGGAAUCCGCUACGAAUUUGGCAUUUUCAACCAGAAAAUCGUCAAUGGCUGGCAGGUGCGUUGGUGAGAGAAUUCUCGUUCCUUUUGGGCCGCUGCCAUUGCCUCCAUCGUUCCUAGAGAUCACCACGCUUGGGAGGGCGGAAGAUGCUUUAUCGCUUAGGAUGAGGCCUACCCAAGCGUUUUGAGAGGGAGAGAAAAUAGGUGUCUGUGUUCCGGCCCUUCCUGAGGAGGGAUCUUGUGGCACAAGCAUCAAGGACGUUUUGGAAGGGACGCUGCAGGUGUGGGAGAGUACAAAAUCAGCCAAUAAUGGUGAAGGAGUGGAAGAGGCUGUACCCAUACAGAGAUCAAAGGCAGUCGGCUGGGUAGAUCACAGUUAAAUAUAGACAGCAGCUUUAUACCUUUGGUUCUUUUAACUGAGAUCCUUUGUCACUGAAGAUACAGGGACUCGAACCUGGGACCUUUUGCAUGCAAAGCCUGUGCUCUACCACUGAGCUACGAUUCUACCGGGUGUAAAGUGCAUGGCUGAUAAAAUGACCUGCAAUGAAAGCAAGUUUCACAUCCCCUUUCUCCUCCUUUCAGGUGGAAGAAGCCGACGAUUGGCUGCGUUAUGGCAACCCUUGGGAAAAAGCCCGCCCAGAGUACAUGCUUCCUGUACACUUCUAUGGCCGGGUGGACCACACUCCGGAUGGUGUGAAAUGGGUUGAUACUCAGGUACAGCAGUAGAAGCCUACCUGUGCCACAAAUAAUAUUAUAAUAAUUUAUGACUUGUGCUGUGCCCAUCUUACUGGGUUUUCCCAGCCACUCUAGGCAGCUUGCAACAGAAUAAUACAGGAUACAGGGUAACAUCAGACAUUAAAAGCGUCACGAUACAGUGCUGCAGAAGGUCAUAUGACUGUUUGACAUCUGAUGGGAGAGUGUUCCACCUGGGGGAGCCACUACCGAGAAAGCCCUGUUUCCCUGUAACUUCACUUCUUGCAAUGAGGGAACCGCCAGAAGGCCCUUGGAAGUGGACCUCAGUGUCUGAACAAUAGGGGAGAUGGAGGGAGAUGGGUGUGAGUCCGUGAUGAAGUGGAGGUGUCAGGUUUGGAGACGUUGACUAUAGUAGCAAAUAUUUAUACAGCUUUCCUCACUGCAGUGUGUUGCAGACAUAAUAAUAAGGCUUUCCUCCCUAUGAGAGGAAGCUUGAUGGGUUGAUGAAAUAAGUAAAUAAAUUCGUAAAUAAAAGUCAUGCAGAUUAGAAACAAAAGGGUUCAAAUGGCAAGUUCUGAGGUAAGAUAAGCUCUUCUACAGGAAGCUGGGAAACGAAUAGGACGCACAAAUAGUACACGCGUGCCUCGCUCAACCAGGGGCUGAUGGGAAUUGUAGUCCAAGACUUCUGGAGGGCAGCACUGAAGCACAUUUGCACUCGUCUGCAAUUGAAGUCUCACAUUUUUCUUUUGAAAGAGCCGUAAUUAGGCCUGGUGCCUGACUCACUGAACAACAGCAUGUGGUGGAGGAGAAAAGAAAUACAUUGCGUGGGGAGAAAGAAACAGGGGGCUUGAUCCACCAAGAAUUUCUUCUGUCGGUGCUCCACUGGCAAUAAACGGGAAUUGGUUCAAGAACAGCAGAACCUUCAAAGCCCGGAGGCUUAGAUAGCUUUCUUUCUUUCUUUGUCCCUCCCUCAGUAUUUUUUCCCCACACUUCUGAUGCCCAUACUCAGGUUGGUUUAUAACAGUUUAAAAAUCACAGUGCCAUAAAAAUGCAUGCAAACUAAAUUUAUCUGUAACGUUCUGAACCUAAUAAACUGAAUGCGAGUUGCAAUAUAGACAGUUUUGGGAAUGGAAAUAAAUAAAUAGGAUACAACACCAAACUACAAUGCAUUAAAAAAGAGACAAAGCACCCCUUUCCUCCCUGUCCUGACCCCCAACUCUGAGUGGCAGGCUAGGUAUCCUCAGGGACCUUAAAUACAUGAGCUUUUUAAAGCUUAGAUCCAAUGUAUGAAUUUCUGUUGCUGCCUUUGCAGGCCAUAUUUGGGCCUGCUCUGCCAGCUUGCCCUUUCCAUGUUUUGAUCACUUCCACAUACGCAGAGUCUCUGGUGUUCCACAUUUGUUGCUUGGAAGCACGUAAUUGGUUUAAACAGCGGCAUUCCUCUGGGAAGUUGGCUAGGCCAGCUAUUAUUCUCUGGUAGAGAGAGGCUCAAUAAUAAUGCCAGCUUCUGGCUGUUUUGGAGGAUAUACAGUGGACGCUCGGGUUGCGAACGUGAUCCAUGCGGGAGGCACGUUCGCAACCCGCAGCGCCACGUAUGCACACACGCGGGUCGCGAUUCGGCACUUCUGCGCAUGCAUAAAGCGCAAUUUAGAGCUGCGCAUGCGCAAGCGCUGAAACCCGGAAGUAACCCGUUCUGGUACUUCCGGGUUCGGCACAGUGCGCAACCCAAAAACACACAACCUGAAGUGUCGGUAAUCGAGAUAUGACUGUAUAGCCCUGGAUUGUGAAUUUUCUGUAGCUAUUGCAGUUGUACAGGCAUAGGCAAACUCGGCCCUCCAGAUGUUUUGGGACUGCAACUCCCAUCAUCCCAAGCUAACAGGACCAGUGGUCAGGGAUGAUGGGGGUUGUAGUCCCAAAACAUCUGGAGGGCCGAGUUUGCCUAUGCCUGCAGUAGUACAUAGGUGAUUGACCCACCUGCCAAUCACCAAUGUCAUUGUGAUGUCUGAUGAUUGACAGUUGCAUUGCCCUACCCACCUGCCAAUGCCUGAUGCACAGCACUUUCCCAACAGCCCACAGGGUGCCGAGUGCGAGGGGCUUUGCUGCUCCUGCAACCCCAAGUGGAUUGCCUUGAAACCUCUUCUGAAACAGAGGGGCACUCUCAUUGGAAAUGUCUUGCUGCCAUUGUCGGAAGGGGCUUUCUCCCCACACGCCAGCUGAUUGACAAGGGGAACACACUUUGCUCCAGCAAAGGAACAAUUGGCAGCUCAUUUCAAGCUCCCAGUUGUUGCUUGGUAACCAUGCCAGUACCCGCCCCAUCCCAGGUGUCACAUAUCACAUCAGGUGGGUGCAGUUUAGGGACAACAGCCUCCCGAGCCAAAUGGGGAGGCCUGGUGGGCUCAGCCUUUGCCCACAGACUAUUGGGUGUAAUCCCUCUCCAUGGAGGCGCAGAUUGCAGCUAUAACAAAGGCGGCAUUUUUUCAUCUCCACCAAGCUAAGCAGUUGGCUCCUUGCCUCUCUCGCCCUGACCUAGCCACUGUGAUCCAUACGAUGGUCACCUCCAGACUGGAUUAUUGUAACUCACUCUACGUGGGGCUGCCCUUGAGACUGACCCAGAAACUCCAGCAGGUGCAGAAUGCCGCGGCGAAACUCCUUACUGGUCCUCGCAUUCACCCAGUGCUAUACCAGCUGCACUGGCUCCCGGUGGAGUACAGGAUCAGGUUUAAGGUGCUGGUUUUAACCUUUAAAGCCCUACACGACCUAGGACCCUUGUACCUACGGGACUGCCUCUCCUGGUAUGUCCCAUGGAGAACCUUACAGUCUUCAAAUAAAAAUACCUUGGAGGUCCCGGGCCACAGGGAGGUUAGGCUGGCCUCAACCAGAGCCAGGGCUUUUUCGGCUGUGGCCCCGAUCUGGUGGAACACUCUGUCACAAAAGACUAGGGCUCUGCAGGACUUGACAUCUUUCUGCAGGGCCUGCAAGACAGAGCUGUUCCACCAGGCCUUUGGCCAAGGCACAGCCUGACCCCCUCCUUUGGCAAUCCUCACAGAACUCUAGCCCAAUGGUUGCCAUUAAUCUGAUUUGAACUGAUUUUAUAAUGAACUGAUUUUAGAAUGUUGUAUCAUUUUACUGUUGGUAGCUUCAGCUGGGAAGGGCGGGAUAUAAAUAACAUAUUAUUAUUAUUAUUAUUAUUAUUAUUAUUAUUAUUAUUAUUACCCCCAGUUCCGCUCUAGGUUGUGCCAAACAUGCUUUUUGCAAGAGACUUGAUGUCUGCUGCUUUAUCUCACCUUCACUGGAUCCCUUCUCCUUAAAUUAGGUUGUACUUGCCAUGCCUUACGAUACGCCUGUUCCAGGAUACAGGAACAAUACGGUGAACACCAUGAGGCUGUGGUCAGCCAAGGCACCCAAUGAUUUCAAUCUUGAAGAGUGUAAGUGCCAUCUCGUUCUCUUUUUCCUUUUGGAAAGCGCACAGGUCACAUGUUGCAAUGAGGAGUCCCCCCCCCCCUUUUCAUCGCGUUGUGGGGUUUUGUGUGGUCUGGUUCAAGAAGCUGGGUGACAUUGCUUCUUCCUCAUGCUUUCCUACAGCCAGGCAUUUUCAGGAAAGUAAGGAGUGCAAGCCAAACAAACAAAGCUAUCAGCCUGGAUAGCUCAGUGGGCUAAAGCAUGGUGCUGAUAAGACCAAGGUUGCAAGUUCGAUCCUCCUAAGGGACAGCUGCUUAUUCCCUCAGGGUCCCUUCCAGUUCUACAAUUCUAUGAUUCUUUGAAAUGCCUCAAGUAUUAUUUAAUUUAUAGCACAAACCUAUAACAUGUCUACCAAUCAGGAACUCCCACUGAGUUUAAAUGGGGCUUACGCCUAGAUAAGUUGGUACUGUAUAGGAUUGCAGCCUUAGUGGGCGUUCUUUGGGCCAAACUGCACUUUACAUAAAACAUGUUAUCCCAUUUAACUUGGGGGUUUGGUUAUUUUCUGGGAACACAGGAAGCUGCCUUUGAGCAUGGCAGUUCAUUGGUUUGUCUAGCUCAGUACUGUCUACACUGGCAGGCAUCAGGAUUUUACAAAGGAGCCUUUCCCAGCCCUGCCUGGAGACACUGGGGAUUGAGUUUGGCAUCUUCUGCAUGCAAAGCAGAUGCUAAACCACCAAGCCAUGGCCCUUCCUCUGUUAAAUUAGGGUUGGCAUAUAUCCGGAUUUUCCCAGACAUAUCUGGAAUAUUGUGUCCAGGUGGAUGUCCGGGGAAAUCCAGACAUAUGGCUGCAGUGCUUUUUUCUUUUUUUCCCCUCUUUUCCCAUAAAAAUAGCUCAAAAAAGGCAUUUUGUCUAGGCAAUUUUGCCCAAAAAGCUUAACAACUUUGUCAAAAUAAACUCAACAACUUUCCUGUCUGGAUUUUCAGUUUGAAAUAUGGCAACCAUAGUUAAAUAGCAACUGGGGGGUGGGGGGAAGUAUCUGGGUUGGGUUCACAGACAGCAGGAUCUAACCCUUCCUUCCUGUACCAUAGCACAAACAAAAUCCCCACCCCCCCCACCCCAUUGCUAUUUGCUGGGCAAAUAGGGCUGCUGCUGAUGCCAUGGGACUUUUAUCAGGAAAAUAUGCAAUUAUUCUAGAGUUUUGCAUUUUAUGUGGUGGGCUGCUCCGCUGAGAUGUGUUCCUUCUCUCCACCUAGUUAAUGUUGGUGAUUAUAUCGAGGCUGUGCUGGAUAGAAACCUGGCAGAAAACAUCUCCAGAGUGUUGUACCCAAAUGAUAACGUAAGUGGCUCUUCUGUGUUGUAUUAAAAUCUCUCCUGGUUAACCGCGAGCUGAUUAGAAUUUGUUUUUAUGUCCCCUGCGUUGACCAUGGUUCGCCUUAGCAUGGCAUGUGAAACAGAGCACAAAACAACCAUGGCAACCACCACAUCACCAACUAUUCUUACCGUUUUUGCCUUGAAUUUAAUGCCUUCUUCUUUGCAUGGGAUGCUGCUGAGGUCCCUAUAGCAGGCUUGUCAGCAGUGGCUGCAGGAAUGACGAUUCUUCUCUCUCUGCCUUCCAAAGUUCUUUGAAGGGAAAGAGCUGCGUUUGAAGCAAGAGUACUUUGUGGUCGCUGCCACUCUCCAGGAUAUCAUACGGCGAUUCAAGUCCUCCAAAUUCGGGUGCCGCGACCCCGUGAGAACCUGCUUCGAGACCUUCCCUGACAAGGUAAAUAUUUAAAAACGAGGGCCGAGACAUAAUUGCAGCUUUCGUUUCAAAGCACACCUCAGGUUUUUGCCUUUGGGGUGGGUGGAGGAGCCCUCGAUAUUUCACAGAAAUGUUUGAGAAGCUAGGAAGUCCCCAAGCAAGCUUUGGUUGACCCGCCCCCAGUGAAAACAGCUUCAUCUUUAGAUGUCCAUUUUACAGGUUGCCAUCCAGCUGAAUGACACCCACCCUGCCCUCUCUAUUCCUGAGCUCAUGAGGAUCUUUGUUGAUGUGGAAAAAAUGGACUGGGAUAAGGUAAGAGGGAAAUGGACACAGCCAUAUUGCAUGUGUCAGCAAGGUUCUCUCCAUGCAAACUGUCCCAAGAGAACUGUGGGAUUGUCUGCUGAUGAAAAGUGACCAUGUGGUGAUUGAUAAUACCGUCAUUUAUCUGUUUUAGGCCCCUAAGAAGUAGCAGUUGCCAGGACAUUGCCCUGAUAUAUCGCAAUGUUUUGCUGGUGAUAUAUUGCAAUGUUGAGAACCAGAUAUCACCCAACCCUCACACACGUCGUGAUCUGCAAUAUAUUGCCAGGUCAAAUGUUAUGAAAUAGUUAUCACGGUGUGAACUUCCCAAACCCGUUUUGGAUGAUAUAUUGAUAUAUCGCCCAGCCCUACUGUUGACCAACCACGUCCUCCUUCCGCAGCAACAGAAAAAGGCACGAAAUUUUUAAAAGAAUACUCUCUUUGGUUUCAAAAGAAAAAAAAGGGUGUGUAUGUACCACUGUUUACUCUGGCUCCCAUGCAUUCCCACCACUGGUGUUUGAAGCAGAGUACAUAUGUGUGUUCCCUGUAGUUUCUUGAGAAAUACCGCUGUUUGAUUACUUUUCCUUCCAACCAGCUUCCAUCCAAUUCAAAAACGGGAGCUGCGGCUAAGCUGAGGUGUGUCUUAUUUGAGACAGCCAUUGCACAUGCUCAGAUGGCGGCUUUGUUGAAUUCAGCAUGGGUCGCCCCGCCCAACUGGCCUGCGGGGCUACUUAGGAUCUUGCUGAACAGCCAAUCCCUGUCCCCUCUCCCCCUAGUGCCACAAGUCAGUCCCUAUCCAGGUACAUUUAGUGCUUCCAUAAUGUGAUUGCAACUGACAAGCCGCAGAUCGGGUUUAGCCAGACCUGCUUAGUGAGCCUAAGAGAGUGCAGCAGCUUGGUUGCUACCACAAUCAGAUUCUUUUUUUAAAGAAUUUAAAUAAUUUUUAUUAGUAUUUUCCACACAACAACAACAUGAAAAAUAUUGAAAAAUAACACACAACACACAAAAACUAUUCAAAAAACUAAAAAAGCAACAACUAAAAAAAAAAGUCCAUAUCUUACAAGUUAAUAAUAUAAACAUUAAAAAAAACACAAAACAUUGACUUCCACCAACCCCACAGCACCUCCUUUAUCUCUCAUUGUGUCUUCCUGUUUUCCUUAUCAUCUCUAUCCUAACAUCUAGAUAUAAAUCCCUCUUUCUUAUCCUUUCACUUCACAAGGUUAUUCCAGACUCAGCCAGAUUUCUGUCCUCGAACUUUGACUUUUGAGGUAUUCAUUUAGGCACUCCCAUUCUUUUUUUACUUCACUUUUUGGUUUCUUUCUUAUUAUGUCUGUCAAUUUGGCUAAUUCUAAGUAUUCUGAAAGCUUACAUAACCACUCUCCCCUAGUGGGUAACCGAUUCCCUUUCCAAUACUCAGCCACCAGGAUUCUUGCUGCAGACAUUGCGUAUAAGAAAAUUUUAGUUUUGUCUUUUGGAAUAUCAUCAUUUAAAAUUCCUAAAAGGAAAGCCUCUGGCCUUUUACUAUAUGAUAUUCUUAGUAUUUUCUUUAUUUCUUCGUGGAUCAGAUUCAGUCUGCAGUGCCCUCGUGUUAUCUCAUCCGCUGUUUUUAAUUUUUUGCUCCAGGCCUGGGAAAUCACGAAGCGAACUUGCGCGUACACCAACCACACCGUGCUGCCUGAAGCCCUGGAGCGCUGGCCUGUCUCUAUGUUCGAGAAACUCCUGCCAAGACACUUGGAGAUCAUUUAUGCUAUCAAUCAGAAACAUCUCGACGUAAGGAGAUGGGAUAAAUGAGGUGGUGGGGAAAGGUGGGGUGGGUUGACUGAGAGGCCUGGAGGCUCAGUCUGUACCUAAGCCACAAGUUGCCCAUUGCCAAAGUCAGAAACUUUAUAGAACUUUGUGGAAUCCUAUUGGCACUUGGCGUCACCUGAGCCCUGCUGAAUUAGGAGCUGCAAUACUGGCCACCUUCAGUGGUGGCACUAUGGCCCAGAAGGGAGGUGAUGGCUAAUUCUUGUACAAAGUGUUGCCAGCUGCCCAGGAGGUGGUAUUGCAGCAGCAGUUCAGUGGGGAUCAGGUGACAGAAAGGCAAACUGCUAUGGUAAUGCAGAACAAGGAUGUUAGAGAUUAAAGGGCUCUUUUGCCCUGGCACAACAAAAUCGGGUAUUUUGCUGUUUGGAAAGUAACGUGGAAAUGCCUGCAAAAGUGUAGAGUGAGCAAAUAGCUAAACAGAUGUAGUAUAAACACACCACAAUAAAAACAGAAUAAGUGUCCAUUGCUGUAGAACCAACCUGCAGACAAAUCAGAACAGAUGCUCAGUAAAGAUUAGACAUAGUCUAACCUCCACGGGUGGCGGUGUGGGUUAAAUCACAGAGCCUAGGACUUGCUGAUCAGAAGGUCGGUGGUUCAGAUCCCCGCGACGGAGUGAGCUCCCGUUGCUCGGUCCCUGCUCCUGCCCACCUAGCAGUUUGAAAGCACGCCAAAGUGCAAGUAGAUAAAUAGGUACUGCUCCGGCGGGAAGGUAAACGGCAUUUCCAUGUGCUGCUCUGGUUCGCCAGAAGCGGCUUAGUCAUGCUGGCCACAUGACCCGGAAGCUGUACGCCGGCUCCCUCAGCCAAUAAAGCAAGAUGAGCGUGGCAACCCCAGAGUCAGCCACGACUGGACCUAAUAAUGGUCAGGGGUCCCUUUACCUUUUUAACCUCCAUGUAAGUGUUGUGUAAACAAAUCAGGAUGAGUACUCAAUAAGUAGGUCAUCUGGAGAGGCCCAGAGACUGCCAACAUACAAGCUGUGGUGGUUUCUAGGGUAGAGGAAGUAAAAUGGGCUCAUGACCUCAAUCGUCCAGGGAAUUUCUUCACAUUUUUUCUGCUGUAAAGGGUUCCAUUGUGGGAUCUCUUUUAGAUCUUGUUGUUAAUAUCCCCCUCUCCUUGUGUCCUUCCAGCAUGUGGCGGCCCUCUUCCCAGGAGACAUUGACCGCCUCCGAAGGAUGUCCGUGAUAGAGGAAGGAGACUGCAAGAGGGUCAAUAUGGCCAACCUGUGUAUCAUUGGCUCCCAUGCAGUCAAUGGAGUGGCCAGGAUUCACUCGGAGAUUGUAAAGAGCUCUAUGUGAGUCCUGCUUCCUUCACUUUUUUGCAACCGGCUGUCAGCUCAGGGGAAGACUGGCCAGGCUGCCAGAGUCUCCCCAGAGAUCUGUGAGCAAAGGUAGUUUAUUUUCUGCACAUGCAUCGCUGAAAAUCCUUCGCCAAACUGUUUGAUUUUCCAUUUUCCUUUUUAUGCACCUCUUUCUCUCCGUUUGGCCCAGACCCCAGAAAUAGUUUAUUGUUCUUAUUCUUAUUCUUAUUUUUUAUUGAAUCUAUAUACCACCCUAUACCCCCAGGUCUCAGGGCGGUUCACAGAAUAAAAUAAAAAUAUAAAACUAGAAAAUUUAUAAAUCGUUUUUUUAAGCGGUCACAUUGCAUGGCUGAAUGUUUCUGCUAACUGUUAUCAACUGGCCCUAAAUAGCACAUGACUCUUUCUUCUUCUUCUUCUUCUUCUUCUUCUUCUUCUUUAGAUUCAAAGAUUUCUACGAAAUGGAGCCGGAGAAGUUUCAGAACAAGACGAAUGGCAUCACUCCAAGGCGGUGGCUCGUGCUUUGUAACCCGGGACUCUCUGAUGUCAUUGUGGAGGUGAACUGCUGGAGACUUCAGCCAAUAGGAUUUCCAUGGAGCAAUUACCCCUGUUGUUGGGUCCUCCUCCUCCUCCUCAAUGGAUCUUUCUUCAUUCCAUUUUUUCCUUAGAUCAGGGCCGUUGAACCUCAGACCUAGGGCCUGAAUCUGGCUUCCCAGGCUUUGGUUCUGAUGCUUUGGACUCUGCAGACCACACCCCACAUUUUUGCUUCUGGCCCCACCCACUUUGACAUGUGGCCUCUGCAAGGUUACCCAGAAGGAAACGUGGCCCUUUCAUCAAAAAGCAUCCCCCACCCUUGGCGUUUCAUGGGUUUGGGGUGUGCAAGAAUUCAGUCGCCAUGUCCCUAACUUCAUAGUCUUUUGUCCCUGGCAGUUCAUAGUUUUUGUAGUGCAGGGAGCGCAGAACCAAACAUAAGCAGAUCUGUCGAUUGAUGGUUUUCUUUCUUCUUUUCACUACAGAGAAUUGGGGAAGAUUUUCUAACGGAUCUAAGCCAGCUCAAGAAGCUGCUAAGCUUUGUCAAUGACGAGGCCUUCAUCAGGGAUGUCGCCAAAGUUAAACAGGUGAGGAUGGCAGCAUGUUAGCGAGAAACAUUGUGAUAUGCUGGGCUGCGGUCGAGGCAAACCGUAUAUGUUAAUUGCUGGUUCUAAACAUGUUCCAAUGUAUUCUAAUUACUUUUUUAAAACUAAUUUGUUCUUGCAGCAUUGUGUUUUCUAAUUUUGCUUUAAAAUAUUGUAAGCUGCCUUACAGCUUGGGUGGAAGGUGGGAUAUAGAUAAGUUAUAUAAUCUAGAAUCCCAGCCUAGACCAAACUGUGCAGCUAGAGUCAGGCUUAAAUGUCCCGGCCAGUAACUUCAACCCCAAAUUUCCUUUUGCCAGGAGAACAAGCAGAAGUUCUCAGCCUACUUGGAAAAACAGUACAAGGUGAAAAUCAACCCUGCCUCUAUUUUUGAUGUGCACGUCAAAAGAAUUCAUGAAUACAAGAGGCAGCUUCUUAAUUGCCUGCAUAUCAUCACACUCUACAACCGUGAGUAGCUCAGCCCAACAAAGCAGCAACUUUGGGGCUACGGAAUGCUUUUGGACAAAAAUAAUCAUAAUAACACAGCACCAGUGUGGGAGCCAGUGUGGUGUAGUGGUUAAGAGCGGUAGUCUCGUAAUCUGGGGAACCGGGUUCGCGUCUCCGCUCCUCCACAUGCAGCUGCUGGGUGACCUUGGGCCAGUCACACUUCUUUGAAGUCUCUCAGCCCCACUCACCUCACAGAGUGUUUGUUGUGGGGGAGGAAGGGAAAGGAGAAUGUUAGCCGCUUUGAGACUCCUUAAAGGGAGUGAAAGGCGGGAUAUCAAAUCCAAACUCUUCUUCUUCUUCACUAAAUGUACGCAGGAGAUUGGAAAACUAGCUUGUUGGGGAGAUAGUCUUCUUUCUCUGUCUAAUGUGCGAAGUUUUAUUACAUGCAAGGAUGCUUUUGCAAACAUUCAGAAAUGCAGUCACCCCACUUGCAGAUUGAAUAAUAAUAAUAAUAAUAAUUUGUUAUUUAUACCCUGCCCAUUUGACUGGGUCUCCCCAGCCACUCUGGGCGGCUUCCAACCAAAUAUCAAAAACAAUACAGCAUCAGACAUUAAAAACUUCCCUAAACAGGGCUGCCUUCAGGUGUCUUUUAAAAGUAAAAUAGUUGUUUAUUGCCUUGGCAUCUGCAGGGAGGGUGUUCCACAGGGCAGGUGCCACCACCGAGAAGGCCCUCUGCCUGGUUCCCUGUAACUUCACUUCUCGCAGUGAGGGAACGGCCAGAAGGCCCUCGGCGCUGGACCUCAGUGUCCGGGCAGAACGAUGGGGGUGGAGACGCUCCUUCGGGUAUACUGGGCCGAGACCCUUUAGGGCUUUAAAGGUCAUCACCAACACUUCGAAUUGUGCUCGGAAACGUACUGGGAGCCAAUGUAUGUUCUCAGCGGCCACUUCCAGUCACUAGUCUAGCUGCUGCAUUCUGGAUAAUGCCUUUGAAUACUACUUGCUGGGAGUCGUGAGCAGGGAGGUGGCUGCUGCACUCAGUCUCUGCUUGUGGGCUUCCCAGAGGCAUCUGGCUGUUCGAUGUCAGAACAGAAUGCCUACCCUGAUCCAGCAGGUCUCUUAUGUUCUUAAUUUUGCCGUGUGUGUAGAUUAAGCUUAAGAGCCGUGCCAUUUUACUCUAUAAGUAUCGUCUGUGUCCCUCUCCACCAGUGAUACUGCAUUGUCUUUGGCUCAAGAUCCCAGGGCAAUGGGCUUUGCCACGCUGUGAGAUUUCAGCCUUAGUAGAUGCAUGUUUAGGAACUUAAUCAGAACCUCAUGUAAUUAAUAGAAAGGGCUGGCAAACAUGUCAUCAGCUGACAGGCCAGAGCAAGAAUGUGGAUAUCUUGCAGGAAGUCAUCUGUGUGGUUUGCAGAUCAUGUGCUGGAAUGUGAUAGGAGCCAGACCACAGCUGAUGAGAGCGAGGCGUUUAUUUUGCAAUGUUCUUAUUGAGGCAUCGUCCAUCUUGCAUUUAAAAGCACAUCUCAAAAUAAUAUUCUGCAUAGCAACAGCCUUCGAUGGCUGAGUUCCACCAUUGCUUUUUUCUUUUUUCCUGCAUUGCUUUUUAUGAAUGUAUUUAAUCUGAGUGAGAGAAUGUAUUUAAUCUGAGUGAGAGAAAAGAAAGACGAAAGAGAAAGGAGGGGAAAGGCCACAAAUCUCUUAAUUAAUAUAAUAGUUUUAACAAAAGCAAUUAAGAUGAAAUAAUUAUAUAAGUUGAAAUAGGUUGGGCAGAGGGGAAACGCAACCUGUAGUUUUCUCAUUCCAAUAAUUGAUAAAGAGAGACCAUUUCUCAAUGGGGUUAUUGUUUUGGUUUACUUGUGUUUUAUCUUGUAUUUUAUUCUGUAAACUGCCCUGAGAUCUUUUGAUGAAGGGCGGUAUAUAUAUUUAAUAAAUAAAUAAAUGACAAAAAUUAAUCAUCAUAUUGCUUUUUCCAGGUAUCAGAAGAGACCCAAAAAAGUCCUGCGUGCCAAGAACAGUUAUGAUUGGAGGAAAGGUAAGGGACUUGAUAGGGAUGCGGGUGGCGCUGUGGGUUAAACCACAGAGCCUAGGACUUGCUGAUCAGAAGGUCGGCGGUUCGAAUCGCCGUGACAGGGUGAGCUCCUGUUGCUCAGUCCCUGCUCCUGCCAACCUAGCAGUUUGAAAGCACGUCAAAGUGCAAGUAGAUAAAUAGGUACCACUCCGGCGGGAAGGUAAACGCUGUUUCUGUGCACUGCUCUGGUUCGCCAGAAGCGGCUUAGUCAUGCUGGCCACAUGACCCGGAAGCUGUACGCCGGCUCCCUUGGCCAAUAAAGCAAGAUGAGCACCGCAACCCCAGAGUCAGUCACAACUGGACCUAAUUGUCAGGGAUCCCUUUACUUUUACCUUUAAGGGACUUAAUGCUCAAGCAAGCUUUUUCCUCAGUAGCUGGGACAGUGUUUACCAAACUGCAGACAAGCACAUGCACACACUCCCUCCCUAGGUUAGCACUGGGAGUGUGUUCCAUCUUGCUCCUGCAGGGUUUAUUUUUCGACCGUGUAAACAUGAGAACUACCCUCUUUUCCUGACUUCCAGACAGAGGCUCUGUUAUCAGUGAAUCUGGACAGCACCACUCCUGAAGCUGUUUGCCUGAUUACAUGCCCUGGCUCUUUCCCACCAAGUCCCUUUUGAUCCAUGCGUAUCUUCCCUCUCUACCUCCAGGCUGCCCCCGGCUACCACAUGGCAAAAAUGAUCAUCAGACUGAUCACGGCCAUUGGAGAUGUCGUCAAUAAUGACCCUUAUAUAGGCGACAGGCUGAAAGUCAUCUUCUUGGAGAACUACAGAGUGUCCCUUGCUGAGAAAGGUAAGAGGACGGGGAUGUUCUUAGGCUGGAGACUUUUGGCUUGGACUUUGGAGAUCCUGGUAGUUGAGCCAGGCAAUGCAGGUGUUGUACUACACAUAGCUGUCAACUUUUCCCUUUUCUUGCGAGGAAUCCUAUUUGGAAUAAGGGAAUUUCCCUUUAAAAAAGGGAAACAUUGACAUGAGCUACAAUCUAAGCAAAGGGUGUGUGUGUUUUUGUUGGUUUGUUUGUUUGUUUGUUUUAAGUAGGGGAGAAGCAUUUUUUUUACCAGAAUAUCUUUUUUUCACUCCGCCCCAGUGAUCCCUGCUUCAGAUCUGUCUGAACAGAUCUCCACCGCUGGGACUGAGGCUUCAGGGACAGGGAACAUGAAAUUCAUGCUGAACGGAGCCCUCACCAUCGGGACCAUGGAUGGCGCCAAUGUAGAAAUGGCUGAGGAGGCCGGAGAGGAGAAUCUCUUCAUCUUUGGCAUGCGGGUGGAAGAUGUGGAGGCGAUGGAUAAGAAAGGGUUUGUACGAACAGCCGUGUUAGCCUUGCAUCCUAGAAACAGGUUGUGUAGCAGGGAUGGCUUUCCCUUGACGUCCCUUGGUUUUAGCGUUGCUUCAGCUGCAUGAAAAUGCUCAGAUUAAAUGGAGCAAAGGAGACCUGUUUUGUGAGGUUGAUUGGGGGGGGAACCUCAAACCCAGGAAAGGGAUGUGGCCCUCCACACUUCUCACAGUCAGGACUCUCCACUGGCCACACCUCCUCCCUAGCCACGCCCUCUUUCUCCAAGCCACAACCCCUUGGUGGUCAUCCUUUACACACACCCAGUGUGUGGUUUUACCUGGCUGGAAUUCUGGUUGUUGUGCUCCUUGAUUGACUAAAUGGAGAAUAAAGAGGAGCCUGUGAGUGUGUAGGAACCAGCCUGCUAGGCAAAGACAAUAUUUACAUUUGCCUCCAGCCCUGUCUGCUUGUGGCAAGUGGACCCUACCAGGUUAUACAGCCCUUGUUGGGGAAGGGCUGGGGGAAAUCUUGGUUACCCCUUUUCUAAAUCAUUGCCACAAGAUGUUUGCUCUGGUGAUAGAAAGAGCACACGCUAAUCCAAAAAGAAAUAGAUUUUAAAAGUGGGUUGUGGGAGAAGUUCUUCAAAUACUACAGCAACUUACAAAAACACGUAAGUGUAAUGAGCACAGUACAUAAGUCUAUCGAUCUGCUUGUGGGUUGCUUUGGACUAAUUAACUCUCCAUAACUUGUACUAGAUCUAAUAAUGGCAGACCGCUUGCUAAUAAUUAGCCGAGCCUGUGCCCGUUAAUUUGACUUGGUGUCAUCAUGGACAAUCGCUUCAAAAUCAAAUCCAGUUCGUCAGUCAUUUGGACUUGGGCCAGCCCUGUCAUUAGGCCAAGUGAGGCAGCCACCUCGGUCAGCAAAUGCUUAGUGGUGGCAGGAUGUUGGAGGAGAGCUGUGUGUGCCAUGUGGCUUGCCUCAUGCCCCUCAAACUACCCUUACGCUGCCCUCAGGUGUGGUGGAAGAGCCCAUCCCAUCAACAGUGUUGACGCAAGGUCAAGCUGCCAGAAUGUCAUUUGCCUCAGGUGGUAAAAUGUCUUGGGCCGGCCCUCUUUGGAUCACUUUAGUACAGGGCUGUUGACUCCUUUGAGUGGAGCAUAUAAAGCAACGUGUUCUGCAAGUGAUGAUGAGAAGGCCGAACAUGUCAUUUGUUUCCUCGUUUAGGUACAACGCUAAGGAAUACUAUGAGAGGAUUCCAGAGCUCAAACAAGCUGUUGACCAAAUUGGCAGUGGCUUCUUCUCACCAGAUGAUCCCGGGUGCUUCCGAGAUGUCGUCGACAUGCUUAUGUAUCAUGACAGGUGAGAGGCAGCAAUCAUGCGCCUUCCCUGCAUGCUCUAAACCAGGGUUAAGCAGUGGUAUGCGUUUCAUGGAUAAUAAUAAUAAUAAUAAAAUUAUUUAUACUCUGCCCUUCCCGGUUCAGGAAACUGGGCUCAGGGCAGCUAACAACAAAUUUAAAACACUUAAUUGAUACUACAAAAAACAGCAUAAAAUACGUGUAAAUAACAAUCCAUCCAAUAAACAUUAGAUGAUCACCAGGGCUAGCUGGCUAAAUUAGUCCCACUUGGGCCAGCGAGGAGACCAGGGGAGAACCAGCUGUGGGAUCCCAGAGCGGGCAAUCUUCACAAAACGGGGAGGGGGAGGGAAGGAAGGGGAACAAAAGAUCAGGCUAAGUUCAAAUUGAAAGCCAGGCGGAAUAGUUCUGUCUUACAGGCCCUGCGGAAGGAAGUUAAAUCCUGCAGGGCCCUGGUCUCAUGGGACAGAGCAUUCCACCAGAGCCAUCACUGAGAAGGCCCUGACCCUGGUGGAGGAUAGUCUAACUUCCUUAGGGCCCGGGACCUCUAAACUAUGAUUAUUCAUGGACCUUAAGGUCCUCUGCAGGGCAUACCAGAUGACAUACCAUCCCUGGCUUCACUUUUCUGACGGUCCAUGGUGUGGCUUUUCUAUGCCUUUGCAGCCACCCAACUGGCUCUGUAUCUCCAUAUUACGUUACCAUCAUCGAGAGGGAAAUGGGCAGCAAUUUACAAUGGCUGACACUCAUUUUAUGUCAAAGGCGUAUACACUUUUGUAUAUGCCCUGGCCUUUGCAGUGGUGAGUAUAAGAAAAAGCUGGAGAGAACACACCUCUGAGGUCGCAGUUACUCUCAGACGCUUCUUUGUUUCAGGUUUAAGGUGUUUGCUGAUUAUGAAGCCUACAUAAAAGCUCAAGGGCAAGUGGACAAGCUGUACAUGGUAAGACCAAUGUUCAACAAGUUUUGAAGAUUUAAAAAAUGGGCUUAUUUGUGAAAUAGACAGAAGACUAUGGCUCUGGUUUCCUAAGGUGAACUGAGUGGUGGGAAAGACCCACUCUUCUCAAUGGAUUUGUAGACUGAAAAGUGCAUUUCAGCAGUUUGGGUAAACAGAGUGUGAAUUUCAGCCAGCAAAAGGCUGUCUUCAUUCAUUCAUUCUGUAUCCUACCUUUCUUUACAAAGAUGCCUGAGGCAGCUAACCAUGUAAAAUGAAAAAAUAUAUUAGAAAACCAUCUAAAUGCAGACAGAAGGGCAGAUGAUAUACAGGUCAAGUAAGCAAGAGAUCAAUGAUUUCUUAAUGGUGAAAUAUCAAUGGGAAAAGUGCCAGAUUGUGGGCAGGGAGUUCCAUGGCCAGGGUGCUAACACUGAGAAGGCCCUGAUAGAUUAAAGUAGGUUGGAGAGAGGGUGGACAACAGGCCGGAGGAGGAAACAAGCCUUGGCUGCCAUAUAUUCUGCAGCUGUAAGAGUGUUAUGGACAUACGACUAUUCUAUGGGGUUGUAGAUUCCCAAUUAAAGGUUAGCUGUUAUAUACAGGGAGCGACCAUUUUAGGCACAUCCAUUUGACACACAACUGCCAACGUGCGCAUUGUUUUGGCCCUGGGAGGGGAUGGAACAUACUUAAGUGCGACUGUUGACACGUGCAAUGACACAGAACACAACACCCACAAAAACAGAGUUGUGAGCUGGCAACUCUUAAUUUGCGCACAUUUGAUGCACGCACGACCGCACACGCAGUGCUUGGCACUGAAAGAGGGUGGGGCGGACUUCUGCGCACAAAGACCCAGAACAUAAUCCCUGUGUAAAUGGGGGCAGGGGGCUGCCUGUAAUUAUAACCUGCAUUGUGUCUUUUGGGGUUCCUCUGCUGAAGCUACCAAACUUCCCACUCGUUUCCUUUCUAGAAUCCCAGAGAGUGGACUAAAAAGGUAAUCAAGAACAUUGCAUGCUCUGGCAAGUUUUCCAGUGACAGGACAAUUACCGAGUACGCCAGAGAGAUCUGGGGGGUGGAGCCCUCUGCCGUGAAGAUCCCUCCGCCCAACAUCCCGAGGGAGUAAGUCCGCUGCAAGAGGUGCAUGCAAAGGCCCUGCUGCUCUGGCACUUCCUGCUUCCCAAUGAAUAUUCCACAGAUGAAUUCAAAACGUGCAUUUUACCACCCGCUGGGCUUCUCAUAUAUUUAUAAAAGGCAUGGUGGUUACUUGAAAACGGAGGCAAACUGGUGCUCUGCAGGGUUAUAGCCGAUAAGCGUUGACCUUGUUGGCAGUGAUAAGAUUCUGAGCCUAAAGCAGGGAGCUUGAGUGAGGAAGGUGAGAUGAGGCCAUUCUCUCUUUUAAAACCCCUAUUUAACCAAUGCAACCUGCAUGCAUGUUCUGUAUUAUUGAGACGGUACCCGACUUCCCACGCCCUUUUGCUCCCAUGCCAGGCCACCCUGUUUAGUCAGGAGAUGCUUAUGUCUGUUGGGGGGGUGGAAACUGCAAAGACAAGAGUUGGGUGCUGUCAGAUGACUUACUUUGAACAAACAUGUGCUGCCCUCUGUUGGGACGUUAGGCUGGAACUCUUCAAUGACCCCCAAAAUAGAUGCACUUUUCAGAGAUCAUGUUCUGAAGAAAUUCCCAUCCUUCCUGUUAUUAGACGCCCAAACGGUUGUUAUUAACCUGCUCCGGUUUUAAACUGUCAAUUUGCAUGUGCUGAACUCAAGUGUUUUUUUUAAUUGAGAAGAUCUCUCUAUAUAUAUCUAUAUGGGAACUUCUGGCAACAGGACACCUAAAGAACACCUGGGGGUUUAACAAGGAUGCUGAAGAAUAUUUAAGCAGUGCUGAAAGGACUAUUGCUGUCAUCUAGAGUGCAGACCAUAACAACAAGUGAACAUGAAGCUACUAGAGAAAACCUGUAGUCCCCUAGAUACUUGGCAGUCUUCAAAAAAUCCCCACCAAAAAAGCCAAGAUGCUGUUUUGAGUCUUCAGGUACACCACCAUCCGUGGUUUGUAGGCUCCUUUUGGCUUAGUGGGUCAUCAGUAGUGCAGCUUUGAUGCAGAAGUUGCAUUUCCUACAGGAGGGGUGGGGAACCUGUGGCCCUCCAGAUGUUGGACUGUCAACUCCCAUCAUCCCCAACCAUUGGCCAGGCUGACUGGGGGCUGAUAGGAGAUGGAGUCCAAGAACAUCUAGAGGCCACCAUAUAGUCCAUCCCUGUAUUACACUCCAGUGUAGAAGACCACACCUGGCAAUACAUGCAGCUAGCUUUGGAGUCACAGCUCCACUUCCAGCCCAGUGGCCUUCAUUCAUCAGUUACUGUUUCUGGGUCUCACAUUCCUACCUUAUUAAAAGAAAACGGCACCUAUCGUUUGAUUCCUUUUGAGUUUUAAUUUCAGACCAUACCAUUAGUUUUCCUGGCACCUGAGCCAGCCCUUUGCAGCCUGGGCUGCUAAAUAAGUGGCUGCUCAUUUCUAAGGGCUGGGAAAAUUGGCUGGAAAAGCGGCUUGAUCCCAGCUGGGCAUGGACUGCCAACUCAACAUGCACUUUAAUGCAGAAUACCAGGACCAGAAAUGAAUGUAUGUUAUUAUAUAAAAUUCCAGAACCAGAGGGUUCAUUAAAAGUGCUAGUUCCUUUUUUUUUUCUUCAGAAAUCACCAGUAAAUAAUUGUAUCUAGUUAGUAUUAAUUUGAAGAAAUGCUGAAACACAUGCCAUAUGAAACGACCACCCACAUAUAUUUUCCACUUCUUAUAGGGGUCUUAGUGGCCCUACCAAAAAAACAUGAUUGGCGUUAUUAAAGUUGACCAUCUCUUUUGACGUGGUGAUGCUUAAGCCAAUGCAACUAGAAUGCUCUGGGUAUUGAAUACCCCAUGAAAAUAAGUAAAUCAAAAUGACACUAAAUAUGUUUUCAAAGCAAAUUAAGUCAUGUUACAAAAAUUGAUUGCUGAAAAAAUCCAUAAAACUUAACUUUGUGAAACGAGUAUCUGAAAAGUAACACCCUUGUCAUUUUCAUUUCAUGACAAUCCACUGUAUUUUCAUCUUUAAAAAGUUUGUGUAGUUUUGCCGCAGCUUGUGCAAAGGAUCUAUAUUUCUGUAUUUCUGCUGUAAAGUACAACACUUUCUGUUGUGUGGACCACCAAUUUGAUUCAGUAAGCACCUGUGAUAGACAUUUAAAUCUUGCAUGUUUAUGCGACAUCCAAGUGUAUUGUUGGAUAAAUCCUUCACUACUGCAUCUUUGCAGUUAGAUCCUCCGAAAACACAGUUAUGGUUGUUUUAGAAAAAUGCAUAAAUGUAUCUUUCUGAAUCUAGCAGUAGGCAUCAAUUAAUAACCUAAAAGGGAAAGGGUAGGGGUUGGAAUAUGAUGUUUUGACAAAUGAAUUAUUCCACCUUUCAGCACUGCUUGGCAGGUGCUGGUAGUGCAGCCCAGGAAGCUUGCAUUUGCUUACCAAGAUGGUGCCUUUCAGAUGUUGUGGACUACAACUCCCAUCAUCCCUAGCCAUUAGCCAUGCUGACUGGGGAUGAUGGGAGUUGAGGGAAGGGUGCUUUUUGUUUUGUUUCUACUUAUAUCCUUUGAAUCUUUGACUUACCUAUGCCCUUGGUAACUAUGGGCUAUGGGUGUGGUGCCAGAAAUAGUCACUAUAUUUAACAAAGAUGUUAAUGUUUAUUGAGUACACAAACUUAUGUGGUUACUUUAAUAUGCUAUUGCCUCUUUUAAUUGGCAUACACUGUCUGACUUGUUGCUGUCACUUAAAUACCAAUGGCUUAUUUUGCGCUACUAUUAGUAAACCAAUAAAACGUUGAGGAAGCAGUUGCCGUAUUUUUCACUCCAUAAGACACACCUGACCAUAAGACGCGCUUAGUUUUUAGAGGAGGAAAACAAGAAAAAAAAUAUUCUGAACGAAACAGUAGAUG